AUGGUUUUAUAUACCAAGCUUUUAUUGGCAACAUUGGCGCACUUGGCCACGGCACAAUUUGUGCCUGCGCCAACCGACUUGAUCACGAAGAAAGGACAUGCCGGCAUCAAUGUGCGAUACAAGGAAGUGCCAGCUGGAAUUUGUGAACAAGACCCCAAUGUGAAGAGUUACUCUGGUUACGCUGAUGUUGGUGAAAACGAGCAUAUCUUCUGGUGGUUCUUUGAGGCUAGAAAUGGUGACCCUAAAGAUGCACCACUUACGGUCUGGAUCAAUGGAGGGCCGGGAUCGUCUUCAAUGAUUGGGUUAUUCCAGGAAUUAGGGCCUUGUGGAGUUGAUUACGACGGAGCCGUAUACAACAACCCGUAUUCUUGGAGCAACGUGAGCAAUAUGCUCUUCGUCGACCAGCCUGCUACCGUUGGAUUGUCUUAUACAAGCCCGAUUCCAGCAUACGAGGAUGAUGAUGGCAAUAUUGUCCAAUUGCCCAGCGAGGAGUGCCCCGAUUAUGCACAAAAAUAUGGAACAUGCGGCACAUACUCCAAACCAGACAUCGGCCUAGUCCCCAAUACAACUGCCAGUGCGGCGCCGAAUAUGUGGAAGACACUACAAGGGUUUAUGGGAGCAUUCCCCAAGUAUUCGAGAAAUGGUAUCAACUUCGCCACUGAGAGUUACGGGGGGCACUAUGGCCCAAUCUUCAACGAGUACUUUAUCAAACAAAAUGCUAAAAAGUCGCACAACAAGCCCCACGACUCGAUCAAGAUCGAUCUUGAGAACGUCCUUAUUGGAAAUGGCUGGUUCGACCCGCUGAUUCAGUAUCAAGCGUAUUACAACUUCUCCAUCUUCCCCGGAAACUCAUACGACUACAACCCAUACAACGAGUCUGUACAGGCAGAAUGGUACAACAACCUUUACGGAGAAGGAAACUGCGUCGAUCAGACUCGGGAAUGUUACGCGACCGGUCGAGAUGAUAUCUGCUCCGCAGCCGAUAACUUCUGUGCUUCGAAGGUUGAGUCGCUAUUUGACAUCUACUCAGGACGCGACGAGUAUGAUAUGCGAGAGUUGACGCCCGAUCCGUUCCCAUACGCCUUCUAUGUUGAAUAUCUCAACAGUCCUAAAGUCCAAGCUGCCAUUGGAGCAUACCAGAAUUUCUCAGAGUUCUCGGGGACCGUGGGAAAUGCCUUUGGAAGCACAGGCGACGACGACCGCGAGUCUGGAACGAUCGAGGCUGUGAGGAAGUUGCUUCAAGCUGGAGUACAGGUUUCGCUGUAUUUCGGAGAUGCUGACUACAACUGCAAUUGGCUCGGUGGACAAGUUGUGGCGGAGGAGAUCAAUGCCCAAGGGUAUGAACACGCAGGUUUUGUGAACAUCACCACUUCCGAUGGUAUUGUUCAUGGACAGGUUCGUCAAAGUGACUUGUUUAGCUUUGUACGGAUUUACGAGUCAGGUCAUGAAGUGCCUUUCUACCAGCCAUUGGCUUCGUUGGAGAUGUUUGAAAGAAUCCUCUUGAGAAAGGACAUUGCGACGGGCAAGAAGCAUCUGAAGCCACAUGGCGGUUAUCGCACACUUGGGACGCCGACAAGCGACUACCGAGAGGGUAACAGCACAGUGGUCAUGGAAGUCCUUGAUAGCAGUGCGACUUACAACACCACUCUCAACGGACCGAACCCAGCGAAACCAUCUGGCUCGGCUUCAGUGAGAUUACGCAGACAAGGUAACUGA